GAGCCACAUGCAGCAGCAGCAGGAGGAGGAGGAGUGGGUGGCCGAGCAAGCGUCACCAUCAAACACCUCAACUCGGGCCACAGAUAUUCACGACGCCACAAUCGCCUCCAACGAUGUCGUUUAUUGCCGCCACCGAAGUCUAUCGAUCUUCACACCACGUAUAGCCGAGCUAAAGACGAGGUGUACCUGUGUCGGUACACCACUGUGUGUGUGUGUGACAUACCGUGAGCUACACAGACCAGCACCGUGUUGGUGUUGUUGUUGUUAGUACAGCAGCUGUGUCGUCAAUCACAGCUUUGUCUCUCGCGGACACAUCGGCUGUGCUGCUGCCCAUCAGAGAGAGGCUGUGAAGAUGUCCGUGGCACCGGGAGGUGGACGGGGAGGGCAUGAGACGUCUUGCACCGUGGCGGGUGAUGUGCCGGGCGUCUUGCGGUCUUCCUGGAGGCUGUGCGGUGUCUCCGUGCUGAUGGUGGCGUUCGUCUGCCAGGGACCUGUCCUCGCUAAAGCUGAGGAUGCGUUGCGGACGGCAGACCCAGGGACUGACUCGUACGAGCCGCUGCGCUUCAGCCUGACGGAGCCGUACAGGCUGGAUGGACGGCACAAGCGUGAGAUCCAGCCCUGCCAGCCCUGAGGCAGUGCACCCAGACAGGGUACAGUACGUUGUGCGUGUGGAUGACAAGGAUUUCAUUCUCAACCUCGAGCGGAACAGGGACCUGCUACCCGCCCAUUUAAUAACAACCUACACAGGAAGAGCACACUCCUUUACAAAUGUCACCGCUCACUGCUACUACCAUGGUGAUAUUGAAGGUGAAUCGGGGUCAACUGUCAGUGUCAGCACUUGCUACGGGCUCAGGGGCCACUUCAGCGUGGGGGACGUGAGCUACGGGGUGGAGCCGUGGGGGGGGGCAGGCGUGGCGGGGGAGAGGGUGGGGAGCCUCCACCGCGUCUUCCGUCUGAGCGACGCCUUCCCCGCCUCAAACUCCUCCUCCUCCUCCUCCGCUUGCGGCGUCGUCCACCCGUUGGAGCCCACGCUGCACCGCGAUCCGGCCCUGGAGCCGCUCGGGGGCCAGCAGCAGCAGCAGCAGCUCCACAUCCGGGUGCGCCGCGCCGUGCUGCCGGGAACGCGCUACGUGGAGCUGCUGCUCGUGGUGGACAACACCCUCUUCACAAACCGGUACAAGGGAAACAAGACGGUGAUGGUGCACGACAUGGCAGAAUUGACCAACAUCAUGGACUCGUUUUACAAGUCGAUCAACGUGCGCGUGGUGCUCGUGGCUGUGAACGUUCUCACAAUGGACGAGGAGAACCUCAUCAUGGCCACCAAAGCGGCCGGCGCCGUCCUUGGGAAGUUUGUCAAGUGGAGAGAGUCGAAUCUGCGCACCCUGCCACGCCACGACGUGGCACACCUCAUGAGUAAUGGCUUUUCGGGAGCCCUGGGCAUGGCUUUCGUGGGGACCAUCUGCUCCCGAAGCACGUCGGGGGGCGUGAACAGCCUGGGAUCCCGCAGCAUCGUGGUGAUGGCCUCGGUGAUCGCACACGAGCUGGGGCACAACCUGGGCAUGGGCCACGACAACGGGCGCACCUGCAGCUGCCCCAAGUCCUCCUGCAUCAUGGUGGGAUCGCUCCCGUCCCCGGUGCCGACCAACUUCAGCAGCUGCAGCACGGACGACUUCGAGGACCUAGUCGUGCAGAGGAAGGGCGGCAAGUGCCUGCUGAACGUGCCCAAGGCGGACGGGGCAUUCCGCCCGCCCGUAUGCGGUGACAAGAUGCUGGACGCCGGCGAGGAGUGCGACUGCGGCUCCCCCGAGGAGUGCGACAACAAAUGUUGCGACGCCCGCACCUGCCGGCUGCGAUCCGGAGCGCGCUGUGCCUACGGCUCCUGCUGCAAGGACUGCCAGUUUGUGGGCCAGGGCGAGGUUUGCCGAGCGGCCCAGGGCGUGUGCGACCUGCCCGAGUUCUGCUCCGGCUCGGCCCCCUCCUGCCCGGACGACUCGUUCCUGCAGAACGGCCACCCCUGCCAGAACGCCGCCGCCUACUGCUACAACGGCGUCUGCCAGACGUACACGUCGCAGUGCGUGAGCAUCUGGGGCCCCGGCGCUGUCCCUGCAUCCGAUCACUGCUUCACAAUUGUCAACAUGAAGGGGAAUGAGUUUGGGAACUGUGGAAUGAACGCCGCUGGAACCCCUGUUUCCUGUCAGUCACGGAAUGUCAAGUGCGGGAAGCUGAUCUGCACCAACACUCCCAACGAGCCGCUCAUCGGACACAUUCCCAACUACGUGAGCUACGAGGGCUGCCGUGCUGUGGAUUACAACUAUGGGCCCGACGUUCCAGACCCGGGCCUUGUGCAGCCAGGAACCAGCUGUGGCUCUGGCCUGGUGUGCUACGAUCAAAAGUGCCAAAGUGACACGAUUCUCGGUUACGACUGCAACACCACCACGAAGUGCAACGGCCGUGGGGUUUGCAACAACCACAAGCAUUGCCACUGCUCCAUGGAUUGGGCCCCACCGGACUGUUCUUCUAAAGGCUGUGGGGGCUCCUUAGACAGCGGGCCCACUUGCAAAGCAGAUAAAUCCCAGCUACUGUGGCUGCUGUUGCUGCUGCUUCCGGUGCUGGCUGUGGCGGCGUUCUUCGGCAGACGGCGGUACAUACGCAGAAAGCGCAUGCAGCGCAGCCAGGAGUGCAGUUCUGGCAACACCAAAGCAACGCCCAAAGGAGAAUCCAAAUUUCAACCAUCGUCGCAGUUGAUGGAAUCAUCUCAAGACAACGAUCACAAUGGCAAGGCAUCGGAUCUCAGCAGCACAAAUAUACCCAAGAGACCUCUCAUUCCACCUCAAGCCAGUGCUCCCAAAGCCUCAGCGACUCAAAGCCAAGUCCACUUUACAAAUGGCUCUGAAGUCUCUACAAUAGUGCCCACAAGGCCUCCCCCGUCGGUGCCUAUGUAUUCCAAGCAAGGCAAAUCCAAAGCUGCAGGGCAAGAAGAGUCGCAACAGCAGUGGCAUACAAAACCUCAGUACUUGGCUGAGCAGGAUGCCUGGCAGAUCAAUAAAGAUGCCGUGGCGGGGUCUCGCGAUGACGUCUCGGGUGGUCACGGUGCCAGGGUGUCAUCUAAGCCAGCGUUGAUGCCAAAGCCAGGCAACCUCACGCCAUCAUUAGUUUGAGUCGUCUGCUCCUCGGAGGCGACGCGUCUGAUGGUGGCAAACGGGACAAAAUACACUUGAGACCAUGUAAGGCUCGUAACAUUACAUUCAUGGGAACAUGGGCUGUUGUUAUGGUAUGUAUUGUUCAUUAUUGCACGUCUGCAUGUGCAGAAUUUUUUUCCCGAUGUUGCAUAUGCAAUAUUCUUCAACAAUAGGGUACUCUCAAUGUAAGGUUUUUUUGGCACGAGGCUGAAAUUCCAAGCUCGCAUAAAGACGCUACCUGCUUGCGUUGCCACGUUUUUGCCAUUGGUUUGAUCAACACUUUUGAGUCGUUUGUAGCGGGUGGAUUCUUGUUAGGAAGGACAACAACAAACACUGAACUCAUUCUGAAUGGUCUGGGCUACCUUGUAAAUUUCUCAGCCGUUCCCCUUAUAUGCAAAUGCAGGUCUCCGUUGAGCUGCAUUAUUAUUAAAGUUGACAUUGGUUUUACUCAUUGCACAAGUUAUUUGGCGCGAUUAUGCAUCUGAUAUGAAUUCCUGCAGUCACGAAAGCUUUAAGUCAAGAUUUAUGCAUUUGAUCUAUAAUUAAAAUAUUGGGCUCGUUUGAUGUGUUGGCGAAUGCCCGGUUUUUAUAUAUUUACAUAUAUAUUGGCAAAGCCAAGCAAAGGUUUCCUUUACCAUCGAUAGGGACAAUCGCCAAAGGUGGUGCAUUUCCAUUGUUUUGCCACGAUAUGAAUCCGGCCCAAUGUGGUAGAAUUUUUUUUUUCUUUGAUGAGCAAAGUUUGUGUUUUAGGUGCAGUUUUACAGUCGCACAAAUACCGUAACGUUGACAUGUUGCACACGUGCGUGCUUAAUACUCAGCAGGGAUAUUUCUGAGCUCUUUAUAGUUCGAAGGGCUAUACCACAUUCUCUUGAAUACGAAACGUGCACUGGAGAUGUGAUUGCUUUCUGGCAUCACUCGGCUCGUUUGUUUGUACGUACGCGCUACUGAUUUCCUACAACGGAAGAAAUAUUGACGUGAAUGGGUCUGAACUUGCACAUAAAGCAAACCACUGUACUUUAAAAUGAGAUCUGACACUUGAUGUGAUUUUACUUCUCAGCCAUGUUUUAAUUUCAUUUGUACAGUGUUUAAAUGAAUAAUGGUAUUACUCCUGUAAAGCUGUCAAAUGGUUAAAAAAAUGUAUAUUAUGACCUGAGUAAAUGCCAAAACCGUCAUAUAAACACGUGAUCGCGGAUUACCUGUUUCUCUUACUGAAAAAAUAUAGUGUAGAGUUAAUUAACGCAUGUGUCAGAGCAGAAGUAGAAUAAUCAAUGAAAGUAAUGAUAAAUUAACGUAUGAUAAGCAUUGAAACAACACCUGUAAGUUUUGGUUUCCCUUGAAAAAACUAACCGUUAAUUUACGACUUUUAUAUGUCAGUUUAUGAGUUUUCUCUCCAUAGCUUUGUGAUCCAUUACAUUUAUUCGGAAAUGCCAACAUAGUGCUCAGUAUUUAAGGCAACAUUGGAACAUCACCCUGCUGAAAACGUAAACUUGUUUGUUAUCUGUUAACAAUGACGAUUUAUAGCGCUGUCAGUCAAUUUUACUGACAAAGGCCUUCCCAUGCCGUGGUAGUCAUGGGGGUGGUUGCAUGAGCAUCCUUCAUCACGCUGGACAGUGCGGGUUGGUGAAGGGUGGCCUGGGGCAGCUUCAGGUAUCUUUCGCCACCGAAUGUUAAUCGUGGAGAGAAAUCGAACUCCGGUAACCGGAAUCAUAAUACGGUGCGCUAAUCACUGUGCUACCGCUCUACCCGAUUGUGAUCCAUAAGAUCAUAAAUGUCCAUCGGCAUCAUGUGGGAUUACCAAAUGCUCCUGUUGUUUGAUGUCCAAGGUAACUUUUUGGUGAGGUCACGGACGUUUGGUUGGUGUAAAAUUUGACAAAAAAAACGAUGGCAGGCAGCCACAGUAGUUUCUGACUCCCAACUGAAGGAGGGAAUGAAUUCCACUUGCGGAUUCAUCAGUCCACAUUCCGAUUGCCACUUAAAACUCCCAGCAACGACGGGUCAUCUGAGUCUGGCAGAGACACGAGGUGGAGUUUGUUAUGACACUGGAGCUACAAGCCGCCAGAUGUCAUGAGACGGUUUGCGUUACUCUCGGGUUCAUUCUCCUGUUCGCAGCUCACUGUAAUGUCCCUGUUAUUCCGACCAUUGUGCAAUGCUGCUGUUGCAUUAGCCCGCAUUCCAAAUGCAUGAUCUUUGCCCGUAUAACACCACAUGUGUGUCUGCGGUUUUCAGAUGUGCACUACAAGCAAAUCCUCAUUUAAAGACGUACAUUAUGUAUUACGUUUUACCAUUAUGACAGCCUGUACAAUAGCAUUAGUAAUGCAACUCAUGGUAAAGUGUCAAACGUUUUUUUUUUCUUAUUACAGCGCGCAUGUUUUAGAUUUUAUUGGCCAAAUUCUUUGUCCCACAUCGCGUCCGUUUUUGUCGCACUGACUGUACGCUCUGUGCAUGUGUGCGUAAUGUUUGUAUGUAUACUUUUUUUUAAGGCAGAGCACCACAGUUCAACUGUGAUGGAUGGAUGUUAUAUGUUCUGCCAAAUUCAUUGCUCUAUACACGGAGACAUAUAAAAAGUGCUGAUGGUGGGCUUCUAUGAGGAAUCGCGGAGCACAGCUCCUCAUGCCUGGUCGUCUUUGUCUCUAUAGUGCCGAUGUUUACACACCGCACCAAUUACACGUUUUGGGCUGAGUUUACUAAUGCAGAGAACCAGGACCAGCUCAAAUGUCACGGGAUGCUGAUGUUAGCGGUGAUUGGGAAUCGUACCCAGAUACCUGGGUUCAUAGCGCAGUAUACUAACCACUACACCACCACUCCCCCCUGUAGACACACGUACAUGCGCAUGCCUAUUCUUGCUGUAAUGUCCUGGGGGUGGAUUUGAUCACAAUCCUUUAUUCAAGGAUUAUUUGAAAUCUAGAAUAGGGCAGAACUGAGAUUUAAAUCAUCACACAAGCUCAACAAUGAAAACUACUGCUGUUAUUGGCAACUAAACCCGCUGUUAAAAUAUUACGGCAAUGUUAAGACAAAAAUGUAUCUGACCUUUACACAUUGCACUACUUACACACUGUGUGUGGGCUGUCACAACAUUGAGAAAUACACACUGAAAUAGAUUGUACCACACGAGUUAAAAUGUUAAGACGUAUUGUACUGUGGUUAUGUAAUGUCUUAAGCCUGUGCACUUAAUGUUUUGACUGCAGCUGAUGGCUGCUGUGUCAUUUUCAGUCUGCAUAGGUUUUGCCACUUGAUUUAAAUAUAUUUAAAUGUUUUAAAUAAGGUUUUUACUGCUAUAAUUUUACCCUCAAAUUAUGUACUGAGAGCAUUUAAAUAAUCAUUAAAGAUAUACAACCACUAUCAUAACAGAACGCCGUCAACCGAUUUGAAUUUUAAUGUCCCAUUGAGCUGUAAAUAUUGUUACGAACGCUUUUAUGCAAAUUUAAUGAUCCAAGGUGUAUCAGAAUUUAAUGAAAUUGCAGAUGCAGGUUAUUUAAUAGGUUCGAGAAUAUUUUGUAUGUAUAUACUGUAAAAGCACAGGUUGAGAUAUCUGUGAAGAGGUGUACUUGAUGUGAAUGGAGCUGAAUAAAGUUGUCUUUGGCUGUU